CUCGUUAAGUCAUAUAUCAAAAAAAUAACCAACACCCUUCAAACACAUUCCACCCCCCAAACAAACCAUUUAUCUCAACUAUGGCAUCAAAACACCAACUCUUUUUCAAUCUAGUCCUUAUCUGUACCACCCUCCUCCCCAUAUCAAUGGCCGGAGACCCCGACAUCCUCACCGACUUCAUAAUCCCUCCCAACGCCAUCGUCGAUGGCAGCCUCUUCACCUUCACCGGCAUGAGAUCCCUCGUCAACUCACCGAUACCGUCCAACUUCACCGUCCUCAAAGCAAGCAUGGUCCAAUUCCCAGCUCUCGAAGGGCAGUCCGUCUCUUAUGCAGUUCUUGAAUUCCCAAAUGACUCCGUCAACCCUCCUCACACCCACCCUCGUGCCUCCGAGCUCUUGUUCCUUCUCGGAGGUUCUCUUGAGGUUGGCUUCGUCGACACCACUAACAAGCUCUAUACUCAGACUCUGGAGUUUGGCGACAUGUUUGUGUUUCCUAAGGGACUUGUUCAUUUUCAGUAUAACAAUGGGGGUAAUGGUCCGGCACUCGCUUUGUCGGCUUUUGGAAGUGCUAAUGCAGGGACUGUGUCUGUUCCGACCACGGUUUUUAAUACUAGUAUUUUUGAUGGGAUUUUGGCUAAGUCUUUUAAAACUGAUAUUGCUACUGUUGAAAAGCUCAAGGCUGGACUUGCUCAUUAGGUGAUGAUUGCUUUACAAGGAAUGGAAGAUGGAUUGGUUCUCUUAUUAGAAGUGAAUAAAAGUAACCAAUAUGUUUUCUGAUUAAUGUAUUUGGUACCGAAUUCUUAUGAUAUGUUGUUUGUAAUUGGCUUUAAAUUUCUUAGAUGGAAAAAUAAAACUUGUUGCAGUACAAGACUCCACUACUGGAUACUUCCACUUGUGUAAUAAUAUUUAGGGCAAUUAUGUUGGUAAUUUUACAUUUUAUCUUGUGUCA